CCGCGCGGCGGCUGUGGGUCAGAGAGCAGGCCGCCGGGGCCGCCUGCAGCCCCUCCGGGAUGGAGGUCCUGGACGAGUUCGACAGCGAGUUACCCCAGAGUGUGACCUUCUGCCAGCUCAUCUCCGAGGAAGACUUCGAGAGGCAGGCGGCCACCUACACGGAGCGCGCGCUGCGCCGCCUUUUCCGCAGCAUCGACCGCAACCCCGCGCUGGCCGAGAGGGUGGUGCGCAAGGGCAAGCUGGCCGAGUACGAGGGGCGCGGGCUCCUCUCCUUCCUCUGGGCCAAGUUCUUCUGUGCAGUUCAGGGGGAGCUGAAUUGUUGCAACAGCAUGGGUGCCCUGGAGAUGCACCAGCGCCUAGAGCAGCUGAAGAGGGGGAUCCACCGCGUGCACCUCUACUCCCAGGAUGCCAAGAAGAAGAGAAGAAAGCCAAAACUGAAGAAACCAGAACCCAUCCUCUUGAGAGACCGAUCAACCUCCCCAUGCCUGCCACCAGCCCUGCUGCCACCUCCCCCACUGCCGUCACCUGCCACCACCAUAGCCUCCGUGGUGGCCCCAUCGCCUCCUGUCUACACUAUGCCUAGGGUCUUUGGUCCCUUCCCUCCGCUGCCCAGCAAGUCGAUGGAGAAGUUGGAGGUUGCAAGGUCAGAAGUGAAACUGAACUGGGCUGGCCUGUCAUCGAACCCAAAGAGACAUAUGGUUGAUCUGACCCCCUUGGUCCUCAAUCCCGGAGGCUUCCAUUUCUCAUACCUGGCUGGAAACAGUGCGCACAAGCUCCACUGCCCUGGCUUCCCCUGGACCUCGGCUUGUAGUGGCUCCCCCAAGACCGAAGAGACACCACUCUCUCCUGUGAAGGCCUCCAUCUUCACCCCGCCUGUCUUGCUCAAGUUCCAGCCUGUGCCAAGACCCAAAGAUGACUCUGAGAACGACCCCAGCAGCACAGAGUCUGUGCCUCCCAAGAGGGGCCCAUAACCUCUUCCCUACAGACCAUGGCUAGAGGAGUGAAUAAAGUUCCUGUGGAGGUG